AUGGCGCUUCGAACGGUUCUUCUCACGGUUGCGAACCUGCUCAUCCCCGUCGCGAUACUGGUCUUCGCGACUGGCUUCUUCCCGUACAAACCUUUCAUGCCCGGACUAGCCGAGUAUGAAGAGCUUUCAUCGUCUGAAAAGAUGGGCGAGGGUUGGCGGAAGCCACCAGAGGCACCUUUUGACAAGCUGGUCUUCAUGGUUGUCGAUGCGCUGAGAAGCGACUUUGUGUAUGGAGAGGAAAGCGGUAUGACUUUCGUGCAGAGCCUCAUUCGAGAUGGCACUGCGCUUCCGUUCACGGCCCACGCUACCUCUCCCACCAUCACCAUGCCCCGCGUCAAAGCCAUAACCACAGGCUCCAUACCCUCUUUCGUAGACGUAAUUCUAAACUUCGCCGAAUCGGAUACCACGUCCACACUCGCUACGCAAGACACAUGGCUUGCGCAAAUCAAGGCAAAGGACUAUGAUACCGAGAAAGGCAAGCUGGUCAUGUACGGCGACGACACCUGGCUGAAGCUCUUCCCGAACAUGUUUGAGCGCGCCGAUGGGACAAGCAGCUUCUUCGUUUCGGAUUUCACAGAGGUUGACAACAACGUGACGAGACAUAUUCCUAACGAGUUAUUGAAUAGUGAUUGGAAUGCCAUGGUUAUGCAUUACCUGGGGUUGGAUCACAUUGGGCAUAAGGCUGGCCCUAAGAGUCCGAAUAUGGUUCCUAAACAGAUUGAGAUGGAUGGCAUCGUUCGCGACAUCUAUUCUGCCAUCGAGAACGAAGACCACCUGUCCAACACUCUGUUUGUACUCUGCGGCGAUCACGGCAUGAACGAUGGCGGUAACCACGGUGGCUCAUCGCCAGGCGAAACCUCUCCAGCACUCGUCUUCAUGAGCCCGAAGCUCACCAAGGUCACUGAAUCUGCUGAUAAGCGGAGUCCAAUCAAACCCAAGAAUGAAGGCGAAUUCGAGUAUUACCGGUUGGUUGAACAGAGCGAUAUUGCUCCAACGCUGGCAGGGUUGCUCGGAUUUCCAGUUCCACAGAAUAACCUGGGCGUCUUUCUGAAAGAACUCUUGGGCUUUUGGGAUAAGCCGUCGGACCGCAUGCAACUUCUCUACCGCAAUGCUAAGCAGAUGAAGAAAAUUAUCGAAGCCAAGUAUACCAGUCUACGAUUCGACGAACAGCCAUUGACGAAAGACGAUUUAGGGUUUGCGUGCUUCGAAUCUGGAGAAAGCCGCUCGCAUCUGUCAGACGGUCAGUUGCUGGCAUGUCUCUGGCAAGCAGCUGUUGGUGCGACUAGUAACAGUGCUGAAUUCCAACAUCGGGUUUACGAGUUCAUGCACGAAACCCAGGAAAUGAUGUCUAGCACAGCUUCGAACUACAACGUCGCUCGCCUCUUAUUGGGAACCAGUUCAGCCUUCCUCAUCUGCGCCUUGAGCUAUUUCACGCUUCCUGCUUUCCGACCUGCCACACCAGCUGGCCUCUACUAUGGCUUCGCUCUCGUUUUGUAUGCGGUACUCAUGUUCGCAUCCUCAUACGUUGAAGAAGAACAUAACUUCUGGUACUGGGCCACAUCUGGUUGGUUCCUAUGUCUCUUUUUUAACAACAUGCGAAAGGAGUGGUACAACAACUGGAUUUUCCACCCUGCCAUCAUGGCACUAGCUAUACAUAGGAUUAUCAGACGAUGGAACCAGACCGGGCAGAAGUACGCCGGCGCAGAUGACAUUGUCAACAGUGGCAUCUUCCACGGAAACGCCUCGGUCUUCCUCUGGAUUCUGAUCUCCGCUACGUACAUGGACAUCACAAUCCGGUUAGCCAGGCACGUUGCGCGUUCUAUUGCGACAUUCGAUACAGAGCAGAAAGACCGUAGUGUGGAGAUUGAGUCAACGGAUCAAAAUCGCAUGUUUGGAACGAUUGCUGUACUGCCGCUUUGCGGAACGGCAUUGAUAUUCAAACUUGCCUUCACCGUCAAAGACGCGCCAGAGCUGACCUAUGGUCUCAGCGCAGGCUUGGUGGAGAAGGUCGAGACGUUGGAGCUUGUUGGUCUUGCUCGCAUGGUGUUUGGAGGGCUGCUUCUGAGUGGGACCUGGGUCGCUUUCGCCGAGUGGACAAGGUCGCAGCGGAGAAAGAGACGCGGGAAACAGGGCAACGGUCAACUCGCUGUCGCUUUCUUCGACCUAAUGACGCUUUUCCUCCUCACGCAAACAAAGGCACAGAACAUACCUCUCUACUUUCUCUUCCGACUACAAUACUUCUUCCUCAUCCUCCUCGACCUCACUCCCACAGCUGUAACCACAACGACGCUUCUCUUGACCCAAACCUCCUUCUUUGCCCUCGGAAACAGCAACUCAAUCUCCUCCAUCGAUCUCUCAAACUCUUACAACGGCAUCUCCGGCUACAACGUCCUAGCCGUCGGCCUUCUAGUCUUCCUGUCAAACUGGGCUGGACCCGUAUACUGGUCUUUAGCUGGAAUCCUCCUCCUAGGCUCUCACGGCCGUACUGAGCGCUACAUUGAUACCAGCGAACUUCAUGUCGCGGACUGGGUAGCUAGGGAACGAGAGUGGUUGAAUGAGCUUGCAAGGAAAGAAGAGAAGGGUAGAGAGAUAAGGAAGGAGAAGAAGGAGUGGGUGGGACAUGUUGCCUUGUUGACGUUCUGGACUGGAGCUAUGCUGGGUGCUGUUAUGCUGGCUUGUACUGUUUUGAGACAACAUCUUUUCAUUUGGACCGUAUUUAGUCCGAAAUUUCUGUUUGCGAUGGCUUGGGGUUUGGCAUGGCAUGGUGGGAUCACGUUAGUGGUUGGAGGGUUGGUUUGGUGGUUGGGUAGUUGGUAG